CACUAAACAACACAUUAUCCAAACCUCAUCUCUACCCCUUUCUCUCUCUGUCUCUCUCUUCCAGAUGAUGGGCUUCAACAUCCUCAAAAGCUCACCUGUUUCUGCAACCAAAGCAGUUCUCAUCACCCCCACAGCCAAAACCACUUUCUCCAAGGUUCUUUCUCUGCUUCAUUCUGUUCCUAACUCCUGCAAAACCCAUUUCAGAUUUCCUUCUUCCAAACCCGCAGUCUAUUCCAUUUCUCUUGCUGGGUUCGGUGGCUCUUUCUACCGGAGAAAGCGUAAUUUUCGUGGUGGAUUAAUCGCCAUGGCUGCUCCUGGGUCCGUCCAGAAGUCAGAGGAGGAGUGGCGUGCGAUUUUAUCGCCAGAUCAGUUUCGGAUUUUGAGGCAGAAAGGCACAGAGUAUCCAGGCACAGGAUUAUAUGACAAGUUUUUUGAAGAGGGUGUCUACAACUGUGCAGGAUGUGGGACUCCUCUCUAUAAAUCUGUAACCAAAUUUAACUCUGGUUGUGGUUGGCCAGCUUUCUAUGAAGGUUUUCCGGGAGCUAUAGCUUGCAAUCCGGAUCCAGAUGGCAUGAGAACUGAAAUUACAUGUGCAGCUUGUGGUGGACAUCUGGGGCAUGUUUUCAAAGGUGAAGGAUUUCCAACACCCACAGAUGAACGCCAUUGUGUCAAUAGUAUAUCACUCAAGUUUGUUCCUGCAAAUUCUUCCCUGUGAAAGUCUAUCAUAGUGGUUAUCUUUGAUGGAAACUAUCUGAUUCUGUAUAAAACGUGGAAAUAGUAUCAUGUUUACACAAAUAAAACCUGAUGCUUCACUUGGUGCCGAGUUGCAGUUUCUUUCAUAUGUGCAAGAAACUUGCUUAGAUAUGUAAGAUGAUAGUUAUGUAAUAAAGAGAUGUUAUUAUGCAA